AUGAAUGUCAACGAACACGUUGCGCCUUCCGGCCAGCAUUACAGUGGGCGCAAUCGCAUCCCCAAUAUUCAGCAGUUUAUGGACCAGCUCGACGCGGAGAAGAAGGAGAGAGACGCUGCUAUUGAUUCCGAGCUGAAGAAAAACAAACAGCACAAGGAAGCCACAGAUCAUACAAACUCAGAGAAACCCCUUAGAAGGGACUUGCGAACUGUGCGAGAUCCGGUUACUGGCAAAGAUGUGCAAAUACGGGACGCCAAAACCGACUUUAAAGACGUCGUAGAAAAUCCUCAGAUGUCCAUCCCUAAUGAGAACUUGGGCAAACCAGCUACCAUUGCCACAUCUUCGAAGCAGUCCGGGGAGGAAUAUCGUUAUGCACAGGAUGUCACAGCUCCCCCGGACCCCGUUCAUGAAGGUGCCACUUCAGAUGUACCCAUACGAAGCGAGAAAACGUCCGUCUUGUUUUACAAGACACCUUCUGUCAGCUAUGAACCAAUGUUCGCUGCAUUAGAGAACAAAGGAAACUUGUUGUGCCUUGGUAUUUUCAUCGCCAUCAUCUUCGUUGGCAAGUUCUUUGGCGGCAGACUGCUUGGCCUUAUUCCCUUGGCCUUUUGUAUUUCGUCUGGAGUUUUCUUGUGGGUUAAAGACCUUAUUCGCCAAGGAAGGGAUCUCGAAUGGUCUAGCGAGCAGGAACGUGGCGAAACUGCAACUGUCAAUUUGAUCCCAGAGUCUGUGGAAUGGAUGAAUACCAUGAUUGGGAUUAUGUGGGGAUUGAUCAACCCGGAGAUGUUUGCCUCUGUUGCCGAUACGUUGGAAGACGUCAUGCAAGCUUCCGUUCCAGGUAUCGUGGAAAAUGUGCGAGUUGCCGAUAUAUCCCAAGGCAGCAACCCAAUCCGAAUUCUCAAUAUGCGUGCUUUACCAGACAGUCACGUAACCGAUAUCAAAGAUGAAAUCCACAAGGAAAACGAAAAGAAGAUGGACAAGGAUGAGCUCGCUGCGGUUGAACAAGCCGGAGAAUUUUACAACAUGGAAGUGUCCAUUGCAUACCACGCCAAACCUUCUGGCGAGGAUGUUGCGUCAAAGGCCAGGAAUAUGGGUAUGCAACUUGUAUUCUAUCUUGGCAUCAAGGGGCUAUUUGGCGUUCCCCUCCCAAUUUGGGUGGAAUUAAUUGGUCUCGUUGCAACGGCCCGAAUUCGUUUCCAACUGACUCCCGACCCUCCUUUCCUCAAGACUGUUUCGUUCACUCUCAUGGGCGUCCCCAACGUUCAGGCAGGAUGUACACCUAUGAUUGAGAAGGGGGUGAACAUUCUGAACCUCCCGUUGAUCUCUAACUUUGUGAAUUGGGCUAUCAGUGCGGCUGCGUCAAUGUACGUGGCACCAAAGAGCAUGACGCUCGACAUGAGCAAGAUGCUUCAGGGAGACGACAUUAAGAAGGAGACCCAAGCACUGGGCAUCAUGUUUAUCAGAAUCCACAAGGCUACUGGACUCAGCAAGCAGGAUCAGAGAGGCAGCAAAGGUGGUGGGUCUGAUCCUUACAUUACUGUCAGCUGGAGCAAGUUCGGAAAGCCUCAGUUCUGUACUCGUGUUAUUCAGGACGACUUGAAUCCCGUUUUUGAGGAAACAUGUGGCCUGUUGGUCACAAGCGAUCUCAUCAAAGCAGACGAGCAGCUAUCCAUGGAGCUCUGGGACAGCGACCGAUCAUCCGCCGAUGACGUUGUUGGCAAGGUGGAACUUAGUAUUCAAAAACUCAUCCAACAUCCUGGAAAGAUGUUUCCUCAAGUUUCAAAGCUUCGUGGUGUCAAAGCAGAUAGCAGCAUGCCAGGAGAACUCCACUGGGAAGUUGGCUUCUUUGGCAAAACACAGUUCCGCAAGGCUCUUCGUACGCAUGGAAAGGACUUGAAGCUGCCCAAGGAACUCAUGGAUAAGCCUGAGCUUCAAGAAGACAAGGGUACGAUUGAAAACGAAGAAGAAGACGCAGUCGAACAUACUCCACCUGACCCUCUCUGGCCCUCGGGUAUCCUUAGUAUUGUGGUACAUCAGAUUGUUGGUCUCGAGCUUGCUAAUAUCAAGGGAUCAAAUGGAAAGCGCAAGGGUAGAGAGUACGAGCCUGCUCGACCCGAGGCUGGUGAGGUGAAGGAAGAACAGAGCCGAAAGCUCCCCAGCUCAUACUGCACUAUCCUGGUUAACGAUGACUUGGUAUACAAGACUCGAGUAAAGGUAGUAUCGUCUCAGCCUAUCUUCAACGCUGGUACAGAGAAGUUUAUUCGAGAUUGGAGAUCCAGUGUCGUUACGAUAUCAGUACGGGACUCUCGCAAUCGUCAGCACGACCCUCUCAUCGGCGUGGUGCCAUUGAAGCUCUCGGAUGUCUUGCAAACAAGCAGUGAGUCAACUCGAUGGUACCCUCUUGAUGGAGGUAUUGGGUUCGGUCGUGUCCGAAUUUCUCUUCUCUUCCGAUCAGUCGAACUCAAAUUACCACCACCUCAGUUGGGCUGGGAUAUUGGUACAUUUGAGUUCUUGUCUGACGCGAUCACAACCACCGGAUAUGCCCCUGGUUCCAAGGUCAAGCUCAGAUUGAGAACAGGAGGAUCAUCAGCAAGUAUCAAACGCCAGUUUUCCAAUAAGGACGGCGACGGCUUCAAGAUUGACAUAUCUGGCGGAGAAUCUGGCCAGAAAUUGCGCCUACCCGUUCGCCAUCGAUACAGAUCACCAAUUUUCAUUGAGUUUUACCCAGCAGGGAACAGAAACCCAGACGCCUACGCUUCCCUGUGGCUGCUGGAGCUCGUUGAUGGUGAAGUAAAGGACUUUGACGUGCCGAUAUUCAAGUGUGACAAUAGCGUCCGUCUGUCACAGAACUACAUCACCCAGGAGAACUACAGAGAGAUUCCAGACACGAAUAUCGAGGAAGUCGGCAGAGUCAAGUUCAAAGGUCGUUUCUCAGCAGGUACAGACUCUGAUCACAUCAGAUUCGUCAGUGAUAAUGACUCUCGAGAAACUAUCGAAAGCUGGGAAGCAUGCUAUGCGGAGGGAGUUAGGGAACAGGAGGUUCGAGCCGAAGUGCCUCCACUGGUUCAAAAGCUCCACGAUCAAUCCCUGACGCAAGGACGUGAUGUUCUCGCACAAGCAGACGAGAAGGAGAAGGAGAAAUGGAUGACCAAGGAUGGUACAGACUGGAGCGGUGCCUUUGGACAAGAUCCGAAGCAGCUGAUGGCCAGAAGGUCAGAUGAACAACAAGACAGCGAAGAGUAUGACGACUUCAAUGAAGACGACGACGACGAUGAUAGCCCUGAUCUUGGUAUUCAAGAUGCCGAGUCGCUAGCAUCUCACCCAUCCGAUGGAAGUGACCCUGCACCACGCAAGUCGAUGGAUACCGAUGUAACGAGUGGGAGCGGUUCCUCUCGCUCUGGCGGCAGCAAGAACCCAUAUAAGAAAUACAAAGACUACAAAGAGGGCAGUCGGGAUAUGCAUCGUAGACACAGAGGGUUAAUGCAGUGGCGUCCAAUGCGCAAUGCGCAAUUUGCAAAAGAUGAGGCCAAGUAUGCACUGAGGAAGGUUACCAAGCUUGGAGCUCUUGAUGGCCGUGAGCCGGAUGUGGAAACCGAAGUGUGA